CGUAAAGUCUUAUUAACGCGCACCUUCAUACCUCGCUCUGGUAGUUUUCUGUCGUUUCUUCUUUCAACCUGGCAACUUCGCUUCUUGAUUUAUACUCCAGGAGCAAAAGAGAGGGAGAGAUGGCUAAACAGACUAGCUUGCGCUUCAACAACAGAGUCGGGCUCGUUGUGCUGCUAGCCGUAGCUCUUCUUGUUCUCCUCUUCCUCCUCUCAAGAGGCCGCGGGGGUCCAAACCGCUACGUGGACGAGACCAUCAAAAUCUCCGAGCUCCUCGCGGCCGCCGUCCAACUCGCCGAGGCGGGCGGGGAUAAAAUCGUGGAGAUCCGAAAAAUGGACGACAAGCAGAUAGGCCAGUUGACCAAGGGACUUACGAAAGAGGGGCGAGACGAAUACGUAACUCUGGGCGACCAGUUGUCGCACGAGGUAAUAUCCUCGGGGUUCCGAAGGCUCUGGCCUCGUCUGCAGUUUCGGUCGGAGGAGAAUGAUCACGCAGUGGGUGUGUCGCGUGUCAAGGUCGACCUGGUUGACCCCGAGAUUUUGUCUGUUGUGAGGAGAGACGAGGCUGUUGCUAUGGACCAGGUGGCGGUGUGGAUCGACCCUCUAGACGCCACUCAAGAGUACACUGAAGGAGUGAAGGACUCCGAACUACUGAAGUACGUGACUGUCAUGAUCUGUAUCGCAGUGGAAGGAAAACCCAUUGCCGGCGUCAUACACGAGCCUUACACAGAGGACCCCAGAACUGGAAUAGCGGGUGUGACAAAAUGGGCGUGGGUUGGUCACGGGGUGUCCAAGACCCUCCAGAGAGAUAUAGUGUCGGACGGGAGCCAACACGACGGAUCGGUGAAGGUGAUUGCCUCGCGGUCCCACGCGGGAGACGUCUUUGCCGUGGCUCAGACUGCUUUUGGGAAAGUUGAGAAAAUCGUCGCCGCUGGAGCUGGGUACAAGGCACUUCAGGUAGCCGAGGGAAAGGCCGAUCUCUAUCUCCACACCACCGCCAUUAAGAAAUGGGACAUCUGUGCUGGAGACGCCGUACUCCGAACCCUGGGUGGCCGCAUGACAACGAGAAACGGUCGAGAGAUCGACUACGGUCUCGCGGGGAAUCCCAAGAAUUCGGACGGGAUCGUUGCCACGGCAACGGAGAGCAGACACUCGGAGUAUCUAGCGAAGCUAAGAACAGGGGCGCCCCUUUAGUGUUAGAUUAUCAUUAUUCACCACCACACACAAUCUCUGGUAUAUAAUGUCAAGUCUCUUUGGUAUAUUGUGUUGCCAUUUCUCUAUAUAUGUGCACCAAUUUUGUGUAUAUUACUAUCUGCAGGUAAUUUCAUG